AACGGCUUCACACCCCUCCACAUCGCCUGCAAGAAGAACCACAUCCGGGUGAUGGAGCUGCUGCUGAAGACAGGAGCAUCCAUUGACGCCGUCACCGAGUCCGGCCUGACCCCCCUGCACGUGGCCGCCUUCAUGGGGCACCUGCCCAUCGUCAAGACCCUGCUGCAGCGUGGAGCCUCUCCUAACGUGUCCAAUGUGAACGGGUACACCCCCCUGCACAUCGCUGCCAAGCAGAACCAGAUGGAGGUGGCCAGGAGCUUGCUGCAGUACGGGGCUUCUGCAAACGCGGAGUCCAUGCAGGGAGUCACCCCGCUGCAUCUGGCAUCCCAGGAGGGGCACGCGGACAUGGUGGCACUGCUCUUCUCCAAACAAGCCAACGGCAACCUAGGCAACAAGAGUGGCCUCACUCCUCUCCAUCUCGUGGCCCAAGAGGGACAUGUGCUGGUUGCUGAUGUUCUGGUGAAACACGGAGUCACAGUGGACUCAACGACCAGGAUGGGCUAUACUCCGUUGCACGUGGCCAGCCACUAUGGGAACAUCAAGCUGGUGAAGUUUUUGCUGCAGCAUCAGGCUGAUGUCAACGCCAAGACUAAG